GACGUCACCCAUGUGAUCAUUGCUAAGCCGCCAUUUUGGGGAGGAGAGAGAGAGAAAUCAGGCGAUGAACUGAAGAAAUCUGGCCUAUAAUUUGACGUUCUAACUAAAGUUCCUGUAGCUACAGAUCACUAGUCAAGAUGUUUGUCAUCUGUGGACCAAAACUGUCCAUAUGUGGCUUCAUUAUCAGCAUUUGGGGCAUUAUAAUGAUGGGUUUGCUUGGAGUGUUCUUCCUGAUCAAGAGCCCACUGCUUUUGGAGGACAUUCCAGCGACAAAAGCCGACUUUGAAGAACGAGCGAAGGUAGAUGCGAUAUUCCAGCAGAGCGCGUACAACUGCUGGGUGGUGGCGGGAGUCUACGUGUUCGUCGGCCUCUUCAGCUACUUCCAAAUGAGAAUGAACAGCAGACAGCAGUACGUCGUCACGUGAAAACAUGGUGGCGUCAAAAAUAUCAUAACUUUGUACCGAUUUUCUGUUUGUGCAGAAUACAUAUAGUCUUCAUCAUUAAGAAAUGGGUUGUUACCAGUGAUAGGUUACCAGUAUGGCAUAGAGCAGGCCAGGGCAAGUAGAUAACUGCUUGUAACUUGGAAGAAAACAUUUGAGUGUAGAUAACUUGUAUUGUUAAUGCAUAACAGUGAGAUAUGCAGAACUUAGUUUGCGACACUGUCAGGUUGUUUAGUCAAUAUAAGCAGUCGCUGUGUUCCUGUGAAGCUGGUUUGUUACACUGAAGAGCGGGUAUACCGGCUAUACAGAGAUUCAGAUUGAUUAUUUAGAUAUUGUUCAAAUCUUGACACAAACAAGAAAAUUAGCGGGGAUUUCAUGUUACAUAUGUAUACUAUGAUCUAAGGUUUAGGGUGUGUUUAUGAUGGUUUAAAUGGUUCCACAAUCCAGCUCUAGAAAUGGAGUGUUCCAUUUCUUUGUGGAUAUAUAAGUGGUGUGAUAAUGUAAUGAGUUGGAUGUAUUUUCACUAUAUUGUGUAGCUCAGUACAGUGUAAAGGACUGAGCUUUUGGUACUCAGAUUGUGAUAUUAGGAUACAAUAAUGUUUGAAAACAAGUCCGGUAAUGUAUUGUAAAUUUCCUUUCCUUAUGAGACUCUACUUCUAUUAUUCAUAUCAAAAGAGUUGUAUGUACAAUGUAGUCGUGACUGCUAGAAUUAUAAUAGGUUCAAAUGCUGAAUGGGAACAUGUAAAGUUCAGAAGGUUGUAAAAUUGUACAGUACAAGCCUAUCAACACUAUGGUGUAUUUUGAUUUGUGAAACUCAUAUGUCAUAGAUUAUAACAUGAUGAGAUGUCAGUUAUGAUAAAAUCCCACUUGAAAAAAGUUAUAUGGAUGUCAUUUCAGUUCAUAGUGUAAAGUAAAGCUCAGAACAGUAUAAAUGUAAAAAGGGAAGAUGAGUGUUACAUUUUUCUGUUGUCUUCUAGAAGUGACUGUACAAUGGUUAUGGCAUGUAUAACUAUAACAUUUGUAGUGUACUCAAUGGAAGAAGUAACUGUGACAACUAAGUAAGAAGAUACACUCUGGGUUAUUCUUCAAAUAUCACUCAAUUCCUGGUAGUCUGUUAACUCUGUUAGCAGUUGGUGUAGGUACUCUAUGCAUAAGCUAUAACACCUGAAAAAUAUCGAGAUAUUGAAAAAGUUGAAAAUGUUGUGUUGGUGAAGCUAUAGACAAACAGUGUGCUGACAACUGAUAUAAAGUCCUUAUGGACAUUGUGUACCCAACACUAGUGCAAUACAACUUGUUCACUGUACCAUUCUGAAA